AUGAGGAAACCUCUCACUAAUGUGGAAGUUGUGGGCCGCCUCAUCAAAUGGGCGACCGAGUUAGGAGAAUACGAUAUACAAUACCAGCCUCGCACUGCUAUUAAAGCGCAAGCCCUGGCAGAUUUCUUGACAGAAGUCCAUCAAACAGAUUCUGAGGAGACUUGGAAAGUUUAUGUGGAUGGAGUCAUCAAUAACGAAGCAGAAUAUGAGGCCUUGUUGGCAGGGUUGCAGGCCACUAGGCAUGUAGGAGUUGCCAGGGUGAUUGUUUACUUAGAUUCUCAAUUGGUGGCUCAACAAGUAACAGGCAAUUUCGAGGUUAACAGCGACAAGUUACAAGUAUAUCGAGAGGCAUAUGAGAAGAUGAAGGAAGAGUUCAAGGAGGUUACAGUGACUAAGAUCCUUAGAAUUGAAAAUAGUCGAGCUGAUGAAUUAGCCAAGAUGGCCAGGUCUCUGACCACUUGGGUUCUGGAUAGCUCAAUAGCGCAGACCUUCUUGAUAGCUCGCAUAGAUCUUCAAAAUAACAUGGAGGAGUUAAUUGAUUGGAGGGUGCCAAUGAUUAGCUAUCUUCAACAAAACAUCUUGCCAGUGGAUCCGAAGGAAGCAUGGUUGGUCCGGAAAAGAGUCCAUGAUUAUGCUAUGAUCGGAGACCAAUUGUACAAGCGAGCCUUCUCUAGACCACUCCUCAAGUGCUUAGGCGUGGAAGAGGCAAAGCAUGUUUUGCAAGAGAUACACCUGGGUUGCUGUGGAAAUCAUGCUGGGGGUAGGAAGUUGGCCCGAAAGACAUCCAUAGUUUCUUGUCCCUUCGACCAAUGGGGAAUGGAUAUAGUCGGCCCGUUCCCCAUGACACCUAGUCAAAAGCGAUUCUUACUGGUACCUGUGGAUUACUUCUUCAAAUGGGUAGAAGUAGAAGCCCUGGCCAGGAUUACAGAGGGAGCUGUCAUUCAGUUCUUAUGGAAAAAUAUCCUUUGCAAAUUCGAUAUAUCGCACAAAUUAAUCUCUGACAAUGGGAGGCAAUUUCAGGGUCGCAGGAUUCGAGAUUGGUGUAAGGGAUUUGGUAUCAGUCAGGCCUUUACAUAUGUGAUAUAUCCCCAAAGAAAUGGGUAA